GCCGUAAGUCAUGCGUGUCCGGACCUGAAGAUAAUGAUCCACGUGCACUUCUUCGACAGGGUCAGUAGAGCCUCCUACACGCCCAGCUGCCAGUCACCGCGCUCCCACACCCCCUCCCGCGCACCCUGCCCAGCCAAUCACAGCCCCUGCUUUGCUCUGGCUCCGCCCUUCCUCCAUCUGAGCCAGUAGCGCCGCGCCCCACCGCGUCCCAGCAGCCAAUAGUGGCUCUCCUGUGCCCCCGGCCACGCGGCGGCCUAUAUAACCGAGGCGAUCACCCAUGGCGGGCAGAUCCACUACCUCAGCAGGAUGGAGCGUACGUCAGUGCUCGCCGCCCGGCCCGACGCGUCCACACACCAGGCCAAGUUCAGUCCCGGGACGCUGGGCUCCGCGUUCACGCCCCUCUCGCGAGUGCCUCCCGCAUUCCCGCUGUUCCAGUCCCUCCCGUUCCUUCCACAAGUGCCUCCCAGCAGUGCCAAGCAGCCGCCGCCCUAUGGCCUGGAGUCCAGGCUGGCGGGGCUGCUGCAGACCUAUAGUGCAGGGCCGAUAGGACAGCUGCCGUGGGCGGCGCUGGGCGCGGGCGAGCUGGCCCUCAACCGGCUGCUGCUGACUCCCGGGGGCCGCCUCAGCAGACCCAAGAAGCGGUACAUCUGCAAGUACUGUCAGCGGGAGUUCACCAAGAGCUACAACCUGCUGAUCCACGAGCGGACCCACACGGACGAGCGGCCCUUCCCCUGCGACAUCUGCGGCAAGGCCUUCAGGAGGCAGGACCACCUCCGCGACCACAAGUACAUCCACAGCAAGGAGAAGCCCUUCAAGUGCGAGGCGUGCGGCAAGGGCUUCUGCCAGGCGCGCACGCUCGCCGUGCACAAGGCGCAGCACGCCCACGACGUCCCGCCCACGCCCGCCGUCCCGCAUACGCCGCCCUCCGCGCCCGCCGCCGCCCGCCUCGAGGCCGACGAGGUGGUGGACGUGCUGCACUGCGACGACGACGAGGACGACCACGUGAUGCAGACGCUGACGGAGGAGGACGAGGAGCUGCAGCCCGCGGCGCCGCCGCCCCCCAAGAGGCUCGGCUUCUCCAUCGCGGACAUCAUGAGCAGAUAGAGGCGCGAGGGGCGCCGCGCCGCCCCCCAAGAGGCGCGGCUUCUUAAUCGUGAGGGGCGCCACACUCGCCCGACACUCGGGCACGCCAAGCUUUAAUUACUUGUACAACUUGCUGCAUAUUGCGGCCAUUUGUUAUGUACUAUUUUAUACUCUAUGUUAAUGAAUAUGUUAAAAGCA